CAAAGUUGUUAGUUUGAGAGAAAUUAAAAAAACAUCAACAAUGGCAGCCUCACUACAAGCAGCUGCUACCUUCAUGCAACCCACCAAGGUUGGCAUCACUGCUCGCAGCAACACUCUACAGCUCAAGUCCACACAAUCCAUUUCUAAGGUUUUCGGCUUUGAAUCCUCUGCAUCUAAGCUCACAUGCUCUCUUCAUGCUGAUCUCAAAGACUUGGCUCAAAAAUGCGUCGAUGCUACCAAAAUUGCAGGAUUGGCUCUUGCCACCUCAGCUCUCGUUGUCUCUGGAGCAAGUGCAGAAGGUGUUCCAAAGCGGCUAACCUACGAUGAAAUCCAGAGCAAGACUUACAUGGAAGUUAAGGGAACUGGAACUGCAAACCAGUGUCCGACCAUUGAUGGUGGAGUAGACUCAUUUUCCUUCAAGCCAGGGAAAUACAAUGCUAAGAAGUUGUGUCUUGAGCCAACUUCAUUUACAGUGAAGGCUGAGGGUGUAACCAAGAACUCUCCCCUUGAAUUUCAAAACACCAAGCUCAUGACUCGUUUGACCUACACUCUUGAUGAGAUUGAGGGACCCUUUGAAGUUUCAUCAGAUGGCACUAUCAAAUUUGAGGAGAAAGAUGGGAUUGAUUAUGCUGCUGUAACAGUUCAGCUUCCUGGUGGUGAGCGUGUGCCAUUCCUCUUCACAGUCAAACAGUUGGUGGCAUCUGGGAAACCAGAGAGCUUUAGUGGGGAGUUCUUAGUACCAUCGUACCGUGGUUCAUCUUUCUUGGACCCAAAGGGAAGGGGUGCUUCAACUGGUUAUGACAAUGCUGUUGCAUUGCCUGCUGGUGGCAGAGGAGAUGAGGAAGAACUUGCUAAGGAAAACAUCAAAAGUGCUUCAUCAUCCAAAGGGAAAAUCACAUUGAGUGUAACCAAGAGCAAGCCUGAAACUGGAGAGGUUAUUGGUGUGUUCGAGAGCCUUCAGCCAUCUGAUACUGAUUUAGGGGCUAAAGCUCCGAAGGAUGUGAAGAUCCAAGGCGUCUGGUAUGCUCAGCUUGAGUAAUAGAUCUUUCUUUCUUUUUCUUUUUAAUGCUGUAAUUGUAUUUUGUUGGUUUAGAUUUUGUUGUAACUCGACGGUGUUGCUGCAUCAUCUUGUGAUCCCAACUGGCGAAGCACUGAGAGCAUUGUCAUGUGUGUAUAUUAUAAUGACUUCGAUUCUAUAAUGCUUAAUAUGUCUAAGUUACGUUU